AUGGAAGAGCUCAGGUGUUUGAACUGCAACAAACCGUUUGACACUCAACAAGGACAUGUCUGCUUAAAUAACCCUUGGAUGCUGGGAAAUCAAAUAUUGCAGGAUAUUGAGGAUGAACUACUCCUUCAUGAAAAUGAGUUUAUCUCUUUGGAUAGCGAGCAGUUACCUGAGUUAUCGUCUGUCUGUUCUGAAAUAUUCAACAGAAUAUCUGAUCCUUACACUGAUCCCGGUGUAUCGAAAGAAGAGACGUUCGGGACUGAUCAACAAAUCGGUUCAAGACCAGUUUCACUAGCAUUACCGGAAUUAUCAUCGGUCUGUAAUGAAAUAUUCAAUAGAAGUCCUGAUCACUGCUCUGAUUCCAGUUUAUCGAAACAAGUGACUUCUGGGGCUAAUCAAGAAAUCGGUUCCAACCCAGUUUCAUUUUCGGAAAAAUCUGAGACUUUCGAUAAAUGCACUGUAAAUGCCGUCAAUGUAGUUCCUGGUCCUUCCCGAUUACUCUUGAAUGAAAGCGAAGAAAGUUUGUGCCAGGAAGAAUUUCAACCUAUACCAUACCAUGCAGUGUCUACUAAAGUAAAGCAGUGGACAUGCAGCGUUUGCCGAAAGGUAUACAAAGACAAAUAUCGUUUGAAAAGCCAUAUGCAAUUCCACGGAGGAGAAAAAAAACACAGGUGUGAAUUUUGUGGAAAAUUGUUUCAUCAAAAGAGUGAUUUACAGAAACACGUCAGGUUGCAUACGGGAGAGAAACCAUUUUCUUGUGAUGUUUGCGGGAAACGAUUCAGAAUAAGCCCUUUUUUAAAAUCGCAUAUGCUGUCCCAUGAUGGAAAGAAACAAUACAGAUGUGGCAUUUGUGGUAAAUCAUACGUACAUAAGAGUUCUUUAAAUACGCAUGUUCGUAGCCAUAGGGAUGAGAAACUAUUCGCUUGCGACCUUUGCUGGAAAGGAUACAAACAAAAAGGUCAUUUGACGAGACAUUAUAGGAUUAGUCAUAUAGGAAACAAAUUUUCAUGUCAAAUUUGUGGAAAGUUAUAUACAGAAAUGCAUUCUUUGAAGAGACAUGCUUGCAAGCAUGAACAGUAGAAAUGUGAUAUCUGUGGAAAAAAUUUUUUGUAUAAAACAAGUCUGUAAAUACACGAAAAGAUUCAUCAACUUAAGUAAAAGAAGAAUCUAUAAAAAUAUCGUUAGUAGGCCGAGCAUCAAACAAAGAAGAAAAGCAUUGCGGACGUUUUUAUUAAAAUAUACAAUUUAUUUGUCUAAUAUUUUUAUUACGCCAAUUUUAUUUGAAUAUCCACCAAGUGUCAAUUUAGUUUUUAUUGGCAUUUUAAAGAAGAGAAAGUUUUAUAUUUUAUUGCCUUGACGAAUAUGAAUUCAAACUCAUUGAAAUGUUUUAUUGAAUAUUUGAGUCCAUUCCUUGGAGUAUUUAUUUUGAAUUGUUUCGAAUUAGAUAUGAAUUUAAAAAAACAGAUAAGAAUUUGCAUUAAAUCUCCAUUGAACUUCAAGAUUAAUGUAGAUUUGUACAUUAGAAUAUCAUCUAAUAUAUCGUUAUGUUAUACGAUUCACCUCAGGCGACUUUCUGACUUGC